AUGAAUGCUCCAGACAGAUUUGAAUUGUUUCUUCUUGAUGAAGGUCAGUCAAAAUUGCAAAUUGAACAAGAUACAAAGGCUGCUAAUGCUGUUGUGAUCACCUUUGAAAAAGAAGAUCAUACUCUAGGUAAUUUGAUUAGAAAUGAAUUAUUAAACGAUGAGAAAGUCUUGUUUGCAGCUUAUAAGGUCGAACAUCCAUUGUUUGCUAGAUUCAAAUUAAGGAUACAAACCGAAGAAAACUAUGACCCAAAGGAUGCUUUAAAGAUGGCUUGUAAUAAUAUUAUUAACAAAUUAGGUAUAUUGAAAACAAACUUCGACACUGAAUGGAACUUACAAACUUUAGCAUCUGAUGAUAAUUUUUAA